CCAAGCACCUAGCUUCGCCCUGGGGCUAUAAUUAAUCAGAGGAGAGGUGGCUGAGGCAAUUUAAUAAUGAACUCAUUCCUUUUGUGGGAUCCAAAGCAAGGAGAAAAAGAAACCACGAGAAAAGAUCUUUCCAAACUUGAAUUUGUAGCCCUGGAUAUAUCGGGCAAAAGCUACAUGUCGUGGGUGCUUGAUGCUGAAAUUCAUCUUGAUGCGAUGGGUCUGGCAAACACCAUCAAGGAUAAAAAUCAGGCAUCAAACCAAGACCGUGCCAAAGCAAUGAUAUUCCUACACCAUUACCUUGAUGAGGGCCAGAAAAUGGAAUAUCUCACUGUUAAAGAUCCAGUCAUACUGUGGAAUAAUUUGAAAGAUAGAUAUGACCACCUGAAGAUGGUCGUUCUUCCACAGGCACGUUACGAUUGGACUCAUCUAAGGCUACAAGAUUUUAAAUCUAUAAGUGAGUAUAAUUCUGCUAUGUUCAGAAUUAUUUUCCAAUUGUAAUUAUGUGGUGAUAAUAUUACUGAUCAUGAUAUGUUGGAGAAAACUUUCACCACUUUUCACGCCUCGAAUAUGCUCCUGCAACAACAAU